AUGCCUGGACCUGCGGGACUCCCCAGCGCCCCUGUCAGCACACCUCCGCGGCGGGGAAGGAGAAGCGGGACUGGGCGUCGAUGGCGAAGCGGGCGAUGCCCUCCGGCAGGCCCACGUACAGGCUCUGGCCUGAGGGCGAGAAGGCCAGGCCCGAGAUCUCCGGGUCGUGGCCGGGGCCGGACCCCAGGUGCAGCACCUGGUGCCGGCCCCACAUGCGCAUGUCCACCAGGUGGGUUCGGCCCCGGUGCUCGGUGA